AUGAAUGGCCCGUUGGAAAAGAAUUCCUCCUCGGUGAGGAAGCGCAUUGAAAACCAUGUGUUUGAUGACGAGGAGGGCGAUGAGUAUGGCGGCAGUGAAUUCGGUGGAUUUGGCGACUACUUUCGUCGAAAGAAGAUCAAACUUCAAAACUUGGAUGCCGAUAUACGCGCCUCGUCUGACAAGCCGCCUAUCUUCAAAGGGAUCGUUGCCCAUGUUAAUGUCACUGGUCGUGAAAGCGCUAACACCGCAUUCAACGGCAGACUUCACCACGAUAUUGUGCAGCAUGGUGGUGGUUUUCUGCAAUAUCUCGACUCAAAAACCAUGGCUACUCAUAUCAUCACCGCCAAUUUAACGCUAAAGAAAGCUGUUGAGUUUAGCCGUUACAGAAUUGUGAAGCCUACAUGGAUUGUUGACUCUAUAAAAGCUGGCAAGCUCCUACCGUGGACUGAUUAUCGAGUAAUAACUGAAAGCCCAAGCCAAAAGGUCUUGAUGUUUGGUAGCAGCGGUGGGCUUACUCAGACCAGCCCAUCUCCCGUAAGGCGCAGUUACAAAGAGCAGACAGAGAAUAGCUUUUACACGGAUCAGAUAAAGGCUGAAUCACAAAGCCAAUUGGAUAAAACUCCUUUGCAACAGGCCGAGAGAUCCGUCGACAUACUGCCAAACGCAAGUGGACUGGUAACCUCCAAGUCGGGGGAUGAAAUGGAUUAUUUUGCAAAUCUCCCAGACGAUGGGGAUUUCAAGGUCGAACCUGAGGCGCAACUAGCACCCAACCCUGCCAGCUUGACAAAUUCAUCGAAAAGCCCUCUCAAAGAUAUGACCUCAGAAGAGCACAAUGCUUGGCUACUCUCGGAUCCGAGAAUAAGACAGUCUUCCACGGCCAAUCCUGACUUUCUAAAACAGUUCUACUCCGAAAGCAGACUCCAUCAUCUCUCAACUUGGAAAGCCAGUUUGAAAUCGUCGAUGCAACGAUUAGCGUCCGAAAAAGGACUGUCAAACCAAAAGAAGACAAGACGACCUGGCUCGAGAAGAUACAUCAUGCAUGUAGACUUUGAUAGCUUCUUCUGUGCAGUCUCAUUAAAACGAUAUCCCGAAUAUCUGGACAAGCCCUGCGUUGUCGCUCACAGCCCAGGAGCAGGUUCAGAAAUUGCAAGUUGCAAUUAUGUUGCUCGAGAAUUCGGCGUCAAGAAUGGCAUGUGGAUGAAAAGAGCUCUCGAGUUGUGCCCUGACCUCAAAGUCUUGGCAUAUGAUUUCCCUGCAUACGAAGAAGUGAGUCGCCAAUUUUAUGGGGCGAUUAUCAGUGCUGGUGGCAUUGUGCAGAGUGUAAGCGUCGACGAGGCCUUGGUUGAUGUCACUGAUAUCAUAUUUAAAGAGGCUGAGUCUCAUGGCAUCGGUAUUGAAGAGAGUAGCCUUUGGAAGGAGCAGCAAAAAAUCGACGAGAUGGCGUUGAACUUGCGCAACAAGAUCAAAGAAGAAACUGGUUGUGCCGUUUCCAUUGGCAUCGGUGCGAAUAUUUUGCAAGCAAAGGUUGCCUUGAGGAAAGCCAAGCCUGCUGGCCAGUUUCAAUUGAAGCCAGAGCAAGUUUUGGACGUUAUUGGAGAUCUAAAAGUUGAACAGUUGCCCGGCGUUGCAUAUAGCAUCGGCGGGAAACUGGAAGAUCUGGGAGUCAAAUAUGUCAAAGACCUCAGAGACGUACCAAAAGAUCGCCUCAUUUCAAUUCUAGGGCCUAAGACGAGCGAGAAGCUCUACGACUACGCUCGUGGCAUUGAUCGAUCAGAGGUUGGAGAACAGCCUCCUCGGAAGUCCGUGUCGGCAGAAGUCAACUGGGGGAUACGCUUCAUUAGCCAAGUAGAAGCUGAAGAGUUCGUCUAUAAUCUCUGUAAAGAAUUGGAGAAGCGGCUAGUGAAUGAGCAAGUCAAGGGGAAGAAUCUCACAAUGAAGAUUAUGAGGCGCGCUCUCGAUGCGCCGUUGGAUCCAACAAAACAUUUGGGGCACGGAAAAUGCGACUCAUUCAACAAGAGUGCAACCUUUGGUGUCGCAACACAUGACUACCAAACCAUUGGCAAAGAAGCAGUCUCAAUAUUACGCUCAUUUCGAUUCAGCCCUGGAGAUCUUCGAGGAAUUGGUGUUCAGAUGACAAAGCUGGAGCCGAUCAAAGUAAAUUCCUUGGCUGCGGAAGGAAGCCAAAGAAAGAUAGCCUUUGCCCCGUUCGUUGAGCCAGUCUCUCUACCGAAACAUUCGAGAGCAAGCCCAGUUGAUGGAAUGCAAGAGCCAGAAAGCUCGAGAAAAAGGCCGAUUUCUGAGUCGGAAUCUAAUCCACUGAUGAAUGAUCUUACGACGCCCCGAAAACACGCAUCUCAUGAUAUAAACGCCAUUGCUCGUCUCAACGCCGCUAGCACGCAAUUUCUUUUGCCAAGCAGCCCUGAUCCUGCGGUAUUGGCUGAAUUACCAAACAGUAUCCGCACCAAGCUCAUGGCCCAACGUCCCAAAGCAGUGGCUACCGAAUCCAUCGUAGAGGCUCGCAAUUCAAGAUCCAAUAGCCCAAUGCUAGCAGAUCGGCUCUCCUCUCAAAUUGAUAUGGAAGUCUUUGACGCGCUACCGGAUGAUAUGAAAGCCGAAGUCUUGGCGUUGUAUGGACGAAAGCCGACUGAGCCUCUGCAGCCUCGGCCUUCACCAAGGAAAUCCGAAAUGAUUCAGUCCAGAAGACCUACGACUCCAACGAAGGCUAGCGGGGUUCGUGGUAUGUUUAGCAAGGCCCAACGGCAACGGGAUGCUCAAGAAGGAAUGGUCCAAACCAAUUUUCGGCCUCCGGGCCCAGCAGUAGAGGCUCAACCUGAAGAAAUUGAAGAACUGGAUCCGGUAUUCCUUGCAGAGCUACCCGAGGACGUCAGGAGAGAAGUAAUUGCAGAUCACAGAAGGCGCCUGUUAGCCCUGCAGUCAGGGCUGGAGAUACCCUUUGCGAAAAGCCACCAAGAAACAAGUAUGUUGCCAGGAGGCCAGAGAACAAUUCAGUUUCCUAUGCUACCGCCAGUUAUAUCCUUCUCUGGCUCUAUCACUUCUUUACCAGAGAUCAAAGACAUGGUGGAUGCAUGGCAUUCCCAAACGAGAAAGGCGGGACCACACAAGAGAGAUGUUGACGUUUUGGAAAGAUACUUGGUCAAAGUCAUCAAAGAAGAACGCGAUUUGAGUAAAGCUGUUACCUUGAUUAAAUGGUUAAGCAUGGUGGUUGAUCAGGACGGGGUUGAUAGUAGAGGGCGCCGGGCUUGGAAAUUGGCUGUCAGCGGCAUUAAGGUGGCCAUGCAAGCCGCAGUUGAAGAGAGAGGGCUAGCACCGCUGCAGAUUUAA